GCCUACAUUUUCACACCGGUAUAAGUCGCCUUUGUUGAUGUUGCAGAAGAAUCGUAAAAGAAAGCAGCCAGCACGAAACCAAUCAGUGUCUUUGGUAUCGCGGCGCUUGAUUUACUACAGCUUGCCCAAUUUCGUAUGUUCGUGGGAACAUGUCGUGCAGGGAGUUUGUGUCCCGUUGGUCGCAUUUUUCACAAAGCGUUCGCUGUCGUGUCUUGCCGUGCCCCGGGUCCACCGUCUCGUGGGUCAGUGUUGCACUGAAGAUCGGAUCCAAUCCAAUUGCUAUUACGAUGAGUGGUAUGUGUCUUACGAAGUAGCUUUAAGCCUUGCAGCAAUUUUGAAGUUUCCAAUCGUCAAUUUUUUCACUACCAUCCCACGUUCUUUCGUCAAGAAACCGCUUAACUGCUAGAGAUCUGAGACAGAACGUUCUUUCCAAAAAUGGCGGAAGAGUUGUCCUUCGACUCCGCCCAGCAGCAGCACCACGCCGUGCUGCGCCAAAGGAUCCCAGGCCCGGCUCUGGCGUCUUUCCGGGCUGCGAGCAGCGGUCAACUACAACAAGGGUCUCCGCUGGACUCGCCCCUGGAUUGCGUGCAGUUGUUUCCAGACUUGAUGUUGAAGAGGGAUGCAGACCGCACGGGGAGCGCCCGUCGUACUGACGAUGCUACAACGCCGACAGAUAACGAUUCUGUUGAUGACACCGAGAUGAGUUUUUCCACCGAUGAUCUCUUCGCUACCGGCCAAACGCUCGGGGAAUUGGAGACGCUGCUUGCCGGAGUUGCGUUCACUUUCGCCGGUGUCCUGUGGUGGCUGUUCUACAAGAAAGGCAGCACGCCCGGGUUCUCUACUGGGAGCAACGAAUCGCUCAAGAACAGUACAGCCUCUCCUGCAAUCGACAGUACAACUAACAUGACGAGCCUGAUCUCCUCCUUCUCGGACGCGAAUAGGAACUCUUGGAUCUUCGCGCCUACAAUCCUGCUCGUCGUUUUACUCUUCGCCACCGUGAAACUCGGUGUUCACUAUUGGAGAAAGUUCUUCCCGCAGUACGUGUGCCUGCUGGACGAGAACUUGAAGAGGAGAAUCGCGGACAAACUCGGGCGCUUCACCCCGGAGCGCUGGACGCCGAAACGGCGGGACGACUUCUCGGGCAUGAAGUCGGCUCCUUCCGAGGUUGAACUGCUCGCAGAAGGUGGAUCUUCGUCGCUUUCGCAGUUCGGUACGAUGACGCCGUCUUCCGCAGGUCAGUCUUCGCCUUCGGGGUCCGAUCAGUUUGGCUACGACGUCACGGAUUCGGAGGACGGGUAUUCUUCCGGUGGGUAUUCGCCCUCUGCCGCCGGAUCGCCGAAUGACGGAUACUGAUGUUGACCGAAGAAUACUGUUGUUGUCUGAAGAGGAGUGCGAGUCGAAGUGACAGCUUUGAGACUUGCAAGGAGGAAGGUGACAAACGGACGGGAAAAUGAAAUAUUUCUUUCCUUCUGGUAGCGCUCGAUGCUAUUUCGUUUUUGUUUUCAAAAAAAAUUUAAGCUAUAGUUUCUGAAACUUGAUAAUAAAUGCUCAUUGUAUUCUCUUUCUUGUAGUAUCGGAAGAAUUUGGAUUUGUUUCAUGGUGGCAUAGCACUGUGCACUGCCGAUGCAGGCCUCAGCUCCUUUCGACAAUGCUAUGAUGUUACAUUAGGAAUGGUAAUGUACCAGGCGAUUGAAAAUUUGAUUUGUUUUCGGGUUGACCGG